CCGGCCGCGGGCAGUGGGCGGAAGCAGGAAGCGGCGGAGGGCGGCGGUGGCGGCGCCAUGGGGGCCGUGCUCGGGGUCUGCUCGCUGGCCAGCUGGAUUCCCUGUCUGUGCAGCGGGGCCUCGUGUUUGCUGUGCCGAUGUUGCCCCAACAGCAAGAAUUCGACAGUGACACGGCUCAUCUAUGCCUUCCUCCUCCUCCUCAGCACUGCACUUGCCUGCAUCAUGCUGGCACCAGGCAUGGAAGAGCAGCUGAAAAAGAUCCCUGGAUUUUGUGACGAUGGGCUCCACACCCAGAUCCCCCACCUGGAGGGCUUUGUCAGCUGUGAUGUGUUUGUGGGCUACAGAGCUGUCUAUCGUGUCAGCUUUGCCAUGGCCGUGUUCUUCUUCCUCCUGUCCCUGCUCAUGAUAGAAGUGAAGACCAGUAACGACCCCAGAGCUUCCAUACACAAUGGGUUCUGGUUCUUCAAGAUAGCUGCCAUCGUGGCUAUCAUGGUUGGAGCAUUUUAUAUCCCUGAAGGGCCUUUCACAAGAGCUUGGUUUUGGAUUGGUGUUUCUGGAGCCUUCUGCUUCAUUCUUAUCCAGUUGGUUCUACUUGUGGAUUUUGCUCACUCUUGGAAUGAGAGCUGGGUUGAGAAGAUGGAAGAGGGGAAUUCCAAAUGCUGGUAUGCAGCUCUAUUGUCCUGUACAAGCCUGUUCUAUGCCUUGUCCCUGGUUUUUGUCAUUCUCUUCUACGUUUUCUACACAAAGCCUGAUGCCUGCACUGAGAACAAGUUCUUCAUCAGCUUUAACAUGAUCCUGUGCAUUAUUGUCUCCAUUGUUUCUAUCCUUCCAAAAGUUCAGGAGCAUCAGCCUCGCUCUGGCCUCCUCCAGUCCUCUGUCAUCACACUCUACACCAUGUACCUCACCUGGGCAGCCAUGUCCAAUGAGCCUGAAAGAAACUGUAACCCAAGUCUGCUGAACAUCAUCACCCAGAUAGCUGCACCCACAGCUGUUCCAGCCAAUGCCACUGUCCCUCCUGCCACUCCUGCUCCACCCAAGUCCCUGCAGUGGUGGGAUGCCCAGAGUGUUGUUGGACUGGUUAUCUUUGUCCUUUGCCUCUUGUAUUCCAGCAUCCGCUCCUCAAGUAACAGCCAGGUGAACAAGCUGACCCUGUCAGGCAGUGACACUGCCAUCCUGGAGGACACUGUGGGGACAGGCAGUGGCACAGCUGAGGAGGGCGAGGUGCGCCGUGUCACGGACAAUGAGAAGGAUGGUGUCCAGUACAGCUACACCUUCUUCCACUUCAUGCUCUUCCUCGCCUCUCUGUACAUCAUGAUGACACUCACCAACUGGUACAGCCCUGAUGCAGAUUUCAAAACCAUGACAAGUAAGUGGCCAGCCGUGUGGGUGAAGAUGACCUCCAGCUGGGUUUGUCUGCUUCUCUAUCUCUGGACCUUAGUGGCUCCUCUUGUCCUUACUAAUAGAGACUUCAGUUAAGUUCCUGCACCUUCUGAGCUUACAACAGUGGGGAACUCUUUGCUGACAGCCAAAAUGUUCAUUUAUUGCUUUAGUUACUGUUUCUUAUGUUGGUAUUAAAAUGCAGUUGGAUAGACAGUUAUGUAUUGCAUAAUGCUUGAUGCAGCACCAAAAUUAUCAGUUAUCUAUUUUAACCUUUACCAGGGUUAUCUUAUUACUGCUUUUUUAAAAUUCACUACAGCUGUGUUGUCAAAGCACAAAAUAAAUUAUCUAUUCUGUCCAAAAGCCACAACCUUCUACUGAAUAAAAGUUAACAUUUAGUUAAAUAUGAAGUAAUAUAUUUUAAAGAGCAAUUAUAAUCAGCAUAAUGCACUACUCUGCUCAUGCUUCAAUUUCUGGAAGUGUAAGCCAUGCUGCUUGAUUUUUACAUUCCACUGCUAAAGUUUAUUUACAGGAAAAGUUUAUUUAAAUUACUUAACUUUGUGCUGUGGCAAAAAAGCACCCUUACUCCUCACCAAAAGAACAACUCUGAAGUUGAAAAACUGGUUAACACUCAAUUCUUUUAAGACAAACUUGCCCUUUUUAAGAGGCAAUUUCUAUGGUAACUUCUUUUUUAGAAUGUUUGCCAAAUAGAGUGGUAAGUGUAUGAGUAGCUUAAUCAACUUUAUGAUUAUGUUGGAAAAUAGAGCUUAUUGAUCGAUUGGUUUCAGUUGUCCAAUAUUCUUAAUAAAAGUAACACACAUGGAAUUAUUAUUAUUAUUGGCUCUAAGGCAUUUGCACUGUAAACUCAUUUGAAUAAAGCAAACUAACUACUGAAA